CUCUCGCACUUCUCAAUUCCUUUUCAUAUUUUUCUUUCUCUUGAAACCUUGAUCCCUUUUCAAUUGUUUCAAUUUUCAUUCUCUUUUUCUUCUCUUCACUCAGAAGGAUUAGAAAUCUGGGUUCUUCUGAUUGCCGUCUCCAAGGUAGCUUCCUGAUACAGAUAUUCUAUACUUCAUCACUGCAUACCAAAGCAGGAAGUAGGAAUCACCUCUAUCACAAAACCUAAGAUCUUUGAAUUACUUCAAUCGAUCUGAAGAAAAUACAAACAGAAAAUAUCAAUCUCUCCAAACUCAAUUGGAGGAACCAAACUCGCAAAGAUGGCACCCUCAACUCGCUCUUCAUCGAGCAAACCCCUCAUUGAGGAAAAACAACCUCAACAUCUUGACAUGCAUGGAAAUGUCUUCGAACUCCCCAAUUACACCAUGAAGGAAAUCUACGAUGCCAUCCCACCUCAUUGCUUCAAACCUUCAAUUAUUCGAUCAAUGGCAUACGUCGUCCGCGAUUACUUUUACGUCUCCACCCUCAUCUACCUCGCCCUUACCUUCAUUCCAAUGCUUCACAACGUAUACCUUCGAUUCGCUGCUUGGGUGGCAUAUACCACUGUUCAAGGAUUUGUUUUCACCGGUAUUUGGAUUUUGGCACAUGAAUGUGGACAUGGUGCUUUCAGCAAGAAUAAGAAAUUGAACUGGACCAUGGGAUUGAUUAUGCAUUCUUUCUUACUUGUCCCAUUUCACUCCUGGAGACUUUCUCACUCUCAACAUCACAAAGCUACUGGAAAUAUGGAUAAGGAUACAGCUUUCGUUCCACAUACAAGAGAGGGUUGGGUGAAGAGAAAUUUUGGAGAGAAGACAAAGGCAAAUAUGGUUGAGUUUGCUGAAUUGGCAGAAGAUUCUCCAAUGUACUCUCUUUACUAUGCAUUCAUUCAUCAAUUAUUUGGAUGGCCAGGAUAUUUAAUUGCCAACUUGACUGGUCAAGAUUACGAUGGUGCUAAAGGAAUGAAAAUUUCUCACUUCUACUUUGGAGAAGACAGUGUUUUCUACAAGAAGCAUGAGUUGCCUUUAAUCGCUUUAAGUGAUGUUGGUGUAGCUGUUAUGAUUGCUGCCUUGAUUUGGGCUGGUCAAGUCUUUGGAAGUUUCAAUGUUAUUGUUCUCUGGGGUGUUCCAUGGUUGUGGGUUAACAACUGGAUUGGUAAGUUAAAUUCGUUGCCCUUCGAUUAAGUCAGAACUAACACAUUCUCUUACAGUUGCUAUUACCUUCCUUCAACACACUGAUGCUUCCAUGCCUCAUUACGACAACAACACCUGGAACUUCGCUCGUGGUGCAACCGCAACUAUCGAUCGUGAUCUUGGUUUUAUUGAUACUCAUCUUUUCCAUGAUAUCAUUGGUACUCACGUUUGUCAUCAUUUGGUUUCCACCAUCCCAUUUUACCACGCCGGAGAAGCAAGUCAACACAUCAAGAAGGUCAUGGGACAACAUUACAAAGCCGAUGUCAAAACUCCAUUCUGGACCGCUUUCUGGAGAAAUCAACGUACUUGCAAAUUCGUCGAAGAAUCCGAAGGAAUGGAAGGAAGUGGUGUAUACAUGUUCAGAAACUUGUAUAAACGAGAAGAAGAAGUUCAUGCUAAGGAUCUUACCAAUGGUCAAGCCUCAAUUGUCAAGGAAAGUGGAAAACCAACUGCUGCAAAGGUUGUGCCAGUUGGCUCAAUGGCUACUGCUAUGUCUACAAGCAGAAACAUGAAUGCAGGAAGAAGAUUAAGUCAAAGUGUUCAAGAAAGAGCCAAGGCUGGAUUACCUCUUUUGGCUGAGGUUUUGGGAGAGUAAAGUAGUCAUGUCUCAUCUUCACCUUGUCUGUGGAGGUUGAGAAAGUACUGGUAUUAUACCACGUACAUUGGUGGAUGGAGUUGAGGAGUUUUUUUAUUUGAUUGUUAAGAAAAUACAUGGAUUUGAUACCGGAUGGAAAUGAUGAGGCUGGAUCUUGGGAAAAGAUACAGAUGAUUUAAAUCAGAGCAAGCUUCUUUUUAGAGAUAGAUUGUUGGUUGAUUGGUUUGUUGGUUGGUUGAAUUGGAUUGGAAGUAGUGAGGGAUGAGUAUGAAAUGAAGCUCGAUCGUACACUUUUUAGAGUGAGAUGGAGAAGAUUUUAGACUAGACUAGACUAGACUAGACUUACUUAGAUGGAGAGUGUUUAGAUGGACUAGAUUAACAUUAUAUUUAGAGUAGAUGGAAUCAUAUCGAUGUUUUAUUAU